AUGGAAACCACGACAAAGCCUCAAGCACAACUCUGUGCCCACUGCCAAAAGCCCGCAAACCUUCAUUGCACCCGCUGCAAGGAUACCCCGAUUCUGGCCGACGACAUUCAACCCGCGGUUUAUUGCAGCAGCGAAUGUCAGCGCGCUUCUUGGCCGACCCACAAGUCUAUCUGCAAGCGUCUGAAGAUGCGCAAGAUGGUCUAUCGUGCUGGAGAUAUCUUGCAGGAGAUGUUCUACAUGUUCAGAGAGCAUGUCUUUAACAAACGGGUUUUCAAAAUCGAGUACAAAGAGGGGAAGAUGUUCAUUUUUGAUGAUCAAAAACCCGAGCGAUUUCCAGACGAUGAGAUGAUGGCUUGUCACGUUCCUGGACCUUUUCCUCAUUCUAUGUGUAAGGCGGACGAGGAUAGAAAGGCACUUCGCACUCAUAUGGCCUGUUCCGAUGCUGUUGCUUACUUGCAUGAAGUUGUGGAUCAUGUCUUUGGUGGAAUGCCUUGCGUUCUCACAGAGCUAGAUAUCAAGCCAAAGAAUCACAAGAGAGAAGCAGUUAGCGUUAUGAGGGGCGUUGUUGACGCAAUUGAUCACCAGCACAACAUCAUCAAAGUCAAGUUGCGCAGCAAUGGGGAGGCGUUUAUCCUCGAUCUUGCAAGCGCUCAGUACGGCUACUACGAACCUAUCACGGUGUGGACUGAUUAUAUGCAAAACAGAGUCCGAUGCCUUGUGGCAAGAGAGAAGAAGUACGAUGAGUGGGGUGGCUUGCUGAAGGAUUAUCGGGAGAGAGAGUUGUCCCGGGAUCCUAAAGAAGUGUGGUUGAGGAUGGUACUGCAUCUCAACGGCGUGAUUUCUCAAUUGCUGAAACACUCUAUUCUCUGUUGGGAGGAAGCUGUAGGUACUUCGAUCUUGAAGUUACUUGGCUUACCCAAACACCAAUAUGAGAUGCAGAAGAAGGCUCUCCUUGCAGAAGUUGAUGCUGAUCUCGGUCAUGCAAUCAAGUGGGUAGAAGAUCAGUGUGAAGAAGAUAAGAAGUUGAGAUCGGCAGGUCUGGAGGGAUCUAUGAAGUGGGAAGGAGAGGGAGCAGGUGGAGUUGAUGGAGCCAAUGAAGUCGAUGAAGUCAAAAUCGUCUUGAAGGAGAUGGGUCUCACAGGGUCGGUCUUUGUCGUGUGA